GCGAUAUGCGUUUUUCAGGCGAUGCUAUCAGAGUGACGUAUAAUGUAGUGGACGGGACGCUUCUUCAACAACAUCUCGUCAGCCACCUCGGUAGCUUCCUAGCGGAAACGUUCAAGCUGUUCAGACUGCUUCGGUCUAUAUUUACUUCUGUAUUUGGAACAUAAUUCUGUCUUUUAACUAGUUUCCCCAUUUCAUGUCAUAUUUCCGUUUAGUCAGGUAACGGUAGCUGGCUUGAUAAAUGAGGCUAACUAGCUAGGUUAGCUGGCUAACAUCCCCGACCAUGAGCUCAGCAAGCUGCUGCCCUCCUGCUAAAAAAGAGGUCUGCUGGAAGGAGAAAGAAGGUAUUUGGCUGAACGUUGUCGUGAAAGAGGAGAAUGAAGAGGAGGAUGUCACAGUAAACGAAGAAGUAGAGGGUGAGGCUGUUACACAGAAAGAAGAGGAAGAAAACGAUUAUACUUUUUUUGGAGUGAAUGAAGGAGAGAUAACUGUCAUAUUGAAGGAGGAGGAGAGGGAAGAAGAGGAGGAGACAGAAGAUCUGAGUAACACCAGAGAGAGACCAGGCUCUCCUUCUGACAGCAGGAAGAGUCCUUCAGGGAAACCAGACCCCGAGACGUCCUAACCAGCAGGACGACAUCACUGCUCCCAGUGUGGAAAGAGUUUUACCCAGUUAGGGAGCCUGAGAACACAUAAGAGAAUACACACUGGAGAGAAGCCUUACCACUGUUCCCAAUGUG